GCAGCAGGCGGCAGCGAGCGGCGCGACAAACGUAUACGGGGGUGGACACGGGCCCGAAUCGACCCGCAGAGCCGCGCGAUUCCAAGUUCCGAGCCGGCCAGAGGCUCGUCGACUCCCAGGAGGUGUAAGAGACGCGGCAGCGGCGAGAUCCGGAGCAGGGUGCGCCCGGUGUGGUGCCCGGCGACCCCUCCGAGGGUCCCGGCCUGGCCUGGUGCACGAGUGGCGCGUGCGGGACCGACACGGAGGCCGAGGCUCGGCAGACGCGCGACUCGCGCGCUUCUUCGGGCACGGGCAGGCGGGCGGAGAGGCGCGGCGCCAGGCGGCGCCGGCUCCUCGCCGAUCUCUCGUCCCGGUGCCGUCUGAUGAGCUCCUCCGUUGCGCCUUCGGUGGUAAGAUGGCGGUGCAGCUGGAUGGAGGGGGAAAGGAGGACUUGAAAACACAGUUUGUCACGAGGGAAGGAACCUACAAGCUCAUGACCCUCUCCGAGUACUCCAGGCCGAACCGGGUGGGAUACACGAACAGCCAGGGCAGCGCCUCCGUCAGGGUGUCCUUCGUCACUCUGCCCGACCCCGCCGACCCGACGGGCACUCAGGGACUCGGGGACCGAAUGUGCUUCAAUUCCGGCAAGGAGCUCUACGUCUACGUCUACCGAGGGGUCAAAAAGGCAGUGGAUCUCAAUAAACCAGUAGACAGGAAGUUGUAUAAAGGAACGAAUCCAACUUGUCAUAAUUUCAACCAAACUGCGGCGACUGCGGAUAGCGCACCAUUGUUGGUAGGCUUUUCUACUGGACAAAUUCAACUAAUAGAUCCGAUGAAGAAAGAGGUUGGCAAACUGUACAAUGAAGAGAGGCUCAUAGAUAAGAGUAAAGUAACUUGCAUAAAGUGGGUUCCGGAGUCGAGCAAGCUGUUCUUGGUGUCCCACAGUUCCGGUCAGCUGUAUCUCUACAACGAGGAGCUCCUCUGCGGUCCUACGCCGCCUCAUUAUCAGCCGUUCAAAUCAGGCGACGGGUACGCGAUUCACACCUGCAAGACUAAGUCUACAAGAAAUCCGCUGUACAGAUGGGUGAUAGGAGCGGAGGGAUGUUGUAUAAACGAGUUUGCCUUCAGUCCCUGUGGAACGAAUCUAGCAGUGGUAUCCCAAGACGGUUUCCUUAGAGUGUUCCACUACGACACCAUGGAACUGGUUGGCUCCGCGAGAAGUUACUUCGGUGGAUUCCUCUGCGUAUGUUGGUCCCCGGACGGGAGGUACGUGGUCGUCGGCGGGGAGGACGACCUAGUGACGAUCUGGAGUUUCCACGAGAAAAGGGUCGUCGCGAGAGGCCAGGGCCACCACAGUUGGGUAAGUGUCGUCGCUUUCGACCCGUACACCACGUCCUACGGCGACCACGACCCGGACUUCAGCGGGUCGGACGAAGAGUCGACGCCGCACAACAACCGGAACCACUUCAACGAGAAGAACACCGGCAGGGUGUCGAAUUCCUCGCAGGGUGUGCACUCCAACAGGAACUCUUGCGGCUCGGAGCUGAAGGUAUCCGGAGGAACGUGCUACAGGCUGGGAAGCGUGUCCCAGGACACCCAGCUGUGUUUGUGGGACAUUACGGAAGACGUGCUCAGGCAACCGAUGUGCGCCAAGCAGAGGACGUCGACGGCCGGCUCGGGGACGUUCUCCUCCUCGGGGACCUUCACCAGCGGGAACGGCGCGACGACGAACCACCACUCUAACAGCAACAAGCAUAAUAACUCGAAUAACGUUAACUUCAAGGAGAGUGCCAGUGGUAAUAACGAAAGUAGUAACAAUAGCACCGGUACCAAUGCCGCGGUCUCCACCGUGAACUCCCUCACCCAGAGGUUAGCGGGCCUCGGGUUUGGAGAACGUAAGGGCGUUAACCAUAAGAGGAACUUUAGUCUGACCUCCAGGGGUACCGGUACCAGCAACAACUCGACGUUGCAGAACAGUAGUGGGGACAAGCCGGGGAGUAACUCUAACACGAGUAAUUCUAACAGUGUCAGUGGGAGUUUAGGUGCCAGUAAAAAGGUCAGCUCGGUUAUGGACGACCCGAUGAGGUUGAUAGGGACUGCCUGGUGCCCUAGGUUCGACGAGUGCCCUGUCCUGGAGCCGCUGGUAUGCAAAAAGCUGGCCCACGAGAGACUGACUGAACUAGUGUUUAGGGAAGAUUGCUUCGUGACGGCGUGUCAGGACGGAUACGUCUACACAUGGGCGAGGCCUGGUCAUAUGGUAGGUCCCCUCACCAUAAGCAGCACCCUGCACAGGCCACACCAUCACCACCCUUACACCAACGUUACUUCCAUGCGAUCUAACGAUCUCUGAUGUAGCCCAUCCUCUAUCGUUAUUAAAGCUCCGUAAUCUAGAGUUUAUUAAUGAUUAAUCGAACGACUUUUUGUAUAUAAUAGAGCGGUAGCUUAGGUGUGUACAUUGAUUGAGGAACGCCCGGAAGAUCUGUAACGCUUCGGAACUGCUACGCCGACGCUCUUUGGUACCGAUCGAGCUGCGAUAUCAAAUUGCAAGAAGAUUUUUUACCUGUUCUGCGUCGAGACGCAUGUUAUUGACACGCAAUAUUCAAGCCAAGAGAACAGUGCUACGUGGUGCCCUUUCGCUUCUUUGCGUAACCGGGGUACAGCCUGAAAUAAAUGCGAGGAAGAACGUUACAACGUCUUUAUAGGUCGCUCUUUUUACCACAAAUUGACUAGACAUACAAGACGCGGUAUUUUUCUUAUCCCGAUGGUCGGAAAGCACGAUUCUCUUCGUCGGUACUCUUCUUAUCCGGUCUUUUCGGAAACGGUCAUGCGUCAAACUGCGUUGCAAACUGUGCGUACCUUUGUCCGGUACUAGGAUCAAUGUGGAGAUUAUUUAAAGUACAUGGGCGAGGACGGAAGCGUUAUAGGUCUUUUUCGGUUCCUCCCAGUCCGUACUGUACAUGGUUUAUCGGAAGAGCACAGAUGGACAAACCUCUGAGUGGACAUACGAUCUCGACGGUACCACGGUCGUCAGAUAAUCGCCGCACUCCGUCGAUAGCAUAUACAUAUAUAUAUACAUAUAUAAAUAUUAUAUAUCCCAGAGACUCUACCAGUCCUUUUUGCAAGGCUCAGCCGGCGCAAUGGAGGCCAAAUAGAUCCCUUUUGAGAGUUAAGGUCCGGUGCAGGGCACUCGUCCUCGUAAUACGAAAUCCGAUUUCCAUUCUCUUAGAGAUAAGGACGCGAGAUGGCCUGACAUGGGUUUUGCUCUCAUCAUUCCGCGAUAUCGUGGCCGCCGGUCGUUAAAAGUUCUAUCGCUGACGUGGUGCACACGCGCGUGUUCUCGCCGCAGCAGCGCCGCAGCGGUGGCGAACGGAAACUUCGGGGACUCACAGUGUCCGCCGGAGUCACGCAAUACGGGCGCUAGGAAGAUGAAACGUUGCUUUUAUAUGUAUUUAUUACGUACUUAAUAUAUAUAAUAAUAUACGUAUUUAAUAUAUAUAAUAGUAUACGUAUUUAAUGUGCAAAAGGAACGUUUCUAAUCUGACGAGCGACAACCAAAAGAGACACGAUCGGGAACGGGGUUGGCAAAGUUCCAUUCCGGUCAAAAACUGCGGUUUUUUAUUCCCGUUUUUUUCUCCAAUAAAUAAAAUACAGUGCGUAAAGUCCACUCAAUUUUGCCCAGGGCUUUUGCCGGUUAAAACCAUGUUAUGAAAUCAAUCGGGAUGUAUUUCGCUUGAAAUUUAUUGUAAUAUUGUGUAUGCACCCUGUACCUACACGUGCGCUACACUCACAUCCAAAGAAGUGGAAAUUAAUUCUUAACUAUCUACGGUGUAGGUAGCGUUAAAACUUUUUUUUUUUUUCCUACGCAUCCUCGGGAUAAGACAAUGGACAAUGAACCCGGUUUAAAUGUGGUUUUAAGCAGGGUAUGACCACUGGUUUUUAGGCAACUAUUUAGACGGGAGAAACCAGUAAAUGCGCAUCCCCGGGAUAAGACAAUGGAAUUAACCCGGUUUAAAUAUGGUUUUAACCAGGUUAUAACCACUGGUUUUUAGGCAACUAUUUAGGCGGGAAGUACCAGUAAAUAUGGGUUAAACCGGUUAAAACCAUUGGGCUCUGGGCUUUUUGUAAAAAAUACCGGAUUUAUGCCAACCCUGGUCAGGAAACGCGAGAGACUUCAUUUUUGGUUGCACGGUCAGACGAAUUUCUCCCAUACGUCGAAAAGGCUCCGUGUUCAAAGAGCUAAAUAUUUCCUUGGUUCAU